CUUCCUCUCCUCGCAGAGGGAAGAAGAAGAAGAAGAAGCCCGAUUGGCCACCCCUCUCCCCGAAUGGGAGGCUGGUCGAUCCCGCGCCAAUAAGCAGCGCCUCGGCGGGUGGGUGGGUGGCCGGGGGGAUUGGUUCGCUCGCCGCGCUCCUUCCUUCGAUCCAGCCGAUCGAUCCCAGUCGAAUCCAAUCCAAUCCAAUCCAAUAAAUUUAUCCUACUCCUCCUCGCCGGCCGCCGUCCGCCGUCUUCGCUUCGCUCGGACCCCCCACCCGGUUGGUUGGAUUUUAGAAAGUUUCCCCCGUUCGUUCCUUCCUUCUGUUUCGAUUUGGGAUCUUCAGUUCAUCGGCUGCCCGGCGGUUUCUUCUUCAGCCCCAUUUGAUUUCACUUAGGAAAACCGAUCGAUUUUUUCGUGGCCGCGCUGAGGAUAAUGGCGUAGCGGUUGGAUAUUACAAGGAAGGCCGUAACUUGCAAGGCUGGCAUGCCACCCAUGCUUUGUCUCUAACUAAUGACUGCGAUUGAUCGCGAUUUGCCAGGCUAAACAUCUCUGUUCGAUUCAUUCAUGGGACGUAUCAUGCCCGCUAGUUUGAUUUGAUACUACCAGAGUGGCAGUUGCUUUCAGAAUCCCCUCCUUUUCUUGAAACUUUUCUUCUUUUGACCGUUUUAGUGACCCGUCGUUCUUGUCCGGCUACUCUGCUCCCAAGAACCAAGAAAUGGGUUCACAUACUGUCGAUAGAUAGAUGGCAGGAUGGGAAAGUGGCAACUGGCAGGCAUCAUGCUUGGAUAAUUCGGGAUGGGUCGAUAUAGGAGAUAAUUCGAUGCGCAUUGACCAGAUGUGGCAUCUGCUAAAGCGCUGCAUUUUUCUUGCGCAGGUCCAUUCAGUACUCAGCAUAUCCGUUUGCCUUCAAUCGAGCAAGAAUAUAUACGCAGCCGCCGGCUCGUGCGAGAGAUGGAACACGCGAUGCCCACGAUGGCCGCGGAGUCCGAGGGCGCCACCACCGACGACGACGUGCACCUCUCCCCGACCAGCGUCAGCAGCGGUGGUGGAGGAGGAGGAGGCGGCCCCCCCAGCGUCCGCUUCAAGAUACUCUGCAGCUUCGGCGGCCGCAUCAUGCCCCGCCCGUCCGACGGCGCGCUCAAGUACAUUGGCGGCGACACCCGCGUCCUCGCCGUGCCCCGCUCCAUCCGCUUCCGCGAUUUGAAGAAGAAGGUGGAGGAGAUGUUCAAGACGGAUGUGGCGGCCAUCAAGUACCAGCUGCUCUCCUCCGACGACCUCGACGUGCUCGUCUCCGUCACCUGCGACGAGGACCUGGCCCACAUGCUCGACGAGUACGACCGGUUCGAGGCGAAGCGGUCGCCGUCCGCGUCGCCCCGUUUCCGCGUCUACGUCUUCGUGCCGCACCAGGUCUCCGCCUCGUCGGUCGCCGCCGCCGUCCCCGCCCCCGUCGCCUCUUCGCGCCACGUCAGCUACGCCCGCAACCAGCCGCACUACCAUCCCCACCACCACCACCUCCAGCCGGAGCGGGAGCGCUACGUGGCCUCGGUGCCCGGCACGCCCGACGGAAGCCCGCCGUACCCGGACCAGCCCAACGGCGUCGCCUCGGCGGGGAACUCCCCGCGCGCCAACAUCGUGGAGCAGGCCGUGUUCCGCGGCGGGAUGCAGCGCGUCCGGAGCUCGCCCAACCUCGGCGGCCUGAACGCGGCACCGCUACCCUUCCAUGACCACGCCGGGGACAGCCCCGGAGGCCUGGCUGGAUACAUGAGCGGCUCGCCCGUGCACCCGGGCGGCGGCCACAUAUUCUCGCAGGGCAGCUACAACCCCUACCGCAGCCCGCAGCCGCAGUACUCUCCGGCACCCGUGCCCGUGCCGCACCACGCCGGCGUGGCCGGGAGGUACGACGCGCGUGGCGGUUACGCGCGGGGCGGCAGCUACAUGGCGGCGCCGCUGGCGCCAGCGCUCCGGUCUGGCCGGCCGGUCACCAGGAGCGGCGGGGCGCCGUACAGCGAGAUGCAGGCGCCGAAGAAGACGGCGACGAUAUGGGACUGAGGUGGUUCUGCAGCGGUCGGUUCGGGUCGGGCGUUGGAGUUGGAGGCAGUAACUUGCGACUUGCUUGAGAUGUAAAUACAUGGAUACUUCCAUGCGGCCUUGUUAGCAGGCUGUUUUGUGGUUGAAAUGUUAUCCAGGCUGAGAAUUAACAAGUUUUCUUCACAUAUCAGGGCUCUCUGGCUGGAAUGCCUGAACUGGUUUUCAUUGUACACCAAACUGUCGAUCGUUUUAUGUUGAA